AUGAUGAAUAAUACACUUACAAUGAAUUCUGAAAUGGAUAAUAAAACUACCUGUCAACAAUAUUUUAAUUUAAAUGAAACAACAUAUAUACCUGAUAUAUAUGAAUUUAAACAACAACCUAUAUUAGUUUUAACGGAUCAACGACAAUUACAAACUAUAACAUCAUUGUCAAAUUCUACACUUCAAAUAACUCAAUCAUCACAGAUUUCUGUAGAAGAUCAAGAAUAUCAAAUCUCUUCACGUGUAUCUGACCUAGAAUCAGUAAAUUUAGAUAAUAAUUUCCAUAGAAAUUAUAAUAAAAUCAAUAAUAUUACAAAAUUAUCAUUAAUACCUAUACUUCCAAAUAAUUCAGUAAAUAAUACAAAAAACUUAUGGUUACUUCAACAAUCUUCUGAUAAUUCAGUAAUAAAUUCUAAUAUAAAACGUCAUUUUAAACGUCGUGCAGCAAAUCAUCAUUAUAAUCAACGUCCUAUUUGUUAUUCACAAAAUAUAAAAUCUAAUAUUAAGAAUAAAUUUGGAUAUAAUUCAUUUAGUGCUCCAUCUUCACUUAUAUCUAGUGCAAUAGCUACUACAUAUUCAGAAUUAAAAAAUGAAAAGACUAAAGAGAAUGAACAAAUGAAUUAUGAACAAUUACAAUUAUUAUUACCUACAUUAUCAACAGUAAAUUUGACGAAUGAUAAUGUUGAUCAUGAUGAUCAUGAAAAUUGUUUAAAUCGUAAAUUUCUAAAUGAUUUUGAUAUUAAUUCAAAUGAAAAUAGUAUUGUAGUAACUGAACCAGUACAAAUUACUGAUCGAUCAUUUUCAAAUCAAUCGAUUACAAAUGAUUAUAAAGUUAAUUUGUUAACAUCUAGUGAAUGUCUUUCUUCUUCUUUAGAAAAUCAAAAAUUAGAUGAUUUACAACAUAAUACUAUUCUUUAUAAUAGUAGUUAUAUUAAUUUAGAUAAUGGUAAUUUUCCAAUUCGUUCACAUUCAUUUUUUCACUUACGCCAAUUAGAUUCCCUUAGUUCAAAUGGAUCUCAUUCUAAACCUGAUACAGAUAUAUUAUAUCCUAUGAAUGGUUCAUUCAAUCAAUUAGCUAUUCGUGUUUCCUCAUCACCUAUGUCAAUUUGUAGUAAUAAUACCUUUCAUCAACAGAAUAAUUGUUCAGAAGAUCAAUAUAAUAAAACCACUUUUAAUGGUAACAAUUAUGGCGGUAGUAGUAUCAAAAGCAGACGGAGUAAAUGCGAGAAAUAUAUCAGUCCGGACAAGCACACUUGCAUUAGAUCAUAUUCAGCUAUGAGACAUCCAAACGAAUGUAAUAUACGUGUAUUUCGUUCACCUCUCGAUGUCCUUUCACCGUGUAAAGGAAAACUUCGAUUGGAUAUAGAAUAUCAAAAUCAUUCAAUUAAAUUACACGUAAUUGAAGCCAAAGGACUUCGUACUACUACCAGUCAGAACUGCAACUCUUUCGUGAAAAUAAGUGCAUCUCCAGACAAAGGAGUUACAUUUGAACAAACUACUGAAAUAGUCGAAAAUUCAGCAACACCAUGUUAUAAUAAAGAAUUUUUGUUAAAUUUAAACAAAAUAAAAUAUUGUAAAAGAAUUCAUCUUGCAAUCUAUGCUCAAUCAACUAAAGAAUUAGACUGUGAAUUUCUUGGUGGAAUGUCUUUUGGAAUUCCUAGUAUACAAAACAAGAAACACAUCUCAGGUUGGUAUUAUUUAUUAGACGAAAAAAUGUUUAAAAAGAAGCACCUCAAAACUGCUUUAGAUCCUAUUACCAACUUUGAAAAUGUUUUAUGUGCAACAAAUGAAUUAAUCGUAUCAGAUAUAAUGAAAACCGAAGCUGCCACUGAUGCUGUGACAACAAACACAUCAACAACAAAUCAACAAAUUCCUAUUAUUCUAACAUCGAUUAAUGAACAUGUCACACGUCCAAGUACAAAUGAAAUUCAUCCUAAUAUAAAUCGUAAUUUCGCUAGUAAUAAUCACAAUAUAAAUAAUCAUUGUUCCAGGGAAUUUCGUCCAGUAUUGUCACCUACUAACUUUAUGAUUUAUUCACAAAAUCUGCCUAAUACAUUGUUACCAUAUCAAAUUAGUAACCCACCAGUUAAUUCACAUUUUCCACAAUUUUCAUCACCAGUUCCUAUACGAGCAAAUAUGUCAAUUCCAAAUACGAAUAAAGCUUUAAGUAAUAUGAGAAUAUUUCAAUUUCUUAUUCAAAAAGGUUCUAAGGGAUACGGAUUUACUUUAUGUGGUAAUUGUCCAGUUUACGUUAGCCAUGUGGAACCGGGUUCACCGGCAAUGCAGUGUGGAAUACAAGCUGGUGAUUUUAUAGUUGCAAUUGAUAACAUAAAUGUAUCACGGUCUACAAGUAAUAGUGUUGUUCGCAUGUUCAGAAUGUCUCAGCAUCCUGUUCACAUUACUAUUUCACGUCCUGUCCUGAUAAAACCUAGUGUGUCAACUACCAGUAAUGCACAUUCAACUAGUAAUAGAUCCCUUGGAAAUUUAAUUAAUAAAACAUGUUUUUCUGCACAUAAAAAGUUAUCAAAAGAAUCAACAAAAUUGAUUCAACCAACAAAUAUUUCAAAAGUGAGUCAUACACAGUUUUUUUCAUCUUUACCAUAUCAUCAACAUUCUUAUGAUAUAUCUUCACUACCAUCAUCUUCAUUCAUACCAGUUCCAUUAACUUCAUCUUCAUUUAUUGACUAUUUGAAACUUUCCAGUUAUCUUAAUUCAUCGAAUUUACACCACAAUUCCAGUUCAACAAUUUGUUCAUCUAUAAACCACUGUAUAAUACCGAAAUUCUCUAUUCCUCAAUCUAUUUCUUUACAUCAAACAAUGAAUGAACAAUUGGCUAGAAUACAUCAAGAUAAUUCUCAAAUAGCUGCUAUUCUAUCCCCUAAUCAAAAUAUUCCUCAUCAUAAUCAGGAACAACAACAACAACAAAUAAAUGAUGCAGACGAUAUCGCUUUAGUUAGAAUACCAUAUAACGAAAAUUAUACAAAAUCUAAUAAAACCAACUAA